ACAGUCCAAUAGUGGGUCCUUAGACAGACAGCAGAGGUCCUGCUGUGGCUGCCUGCCUCUCUGUCUCUGUCUGUCCGUUUGUCUGUCUGGGCUCCUGCUGCUUCUGGCUAUGAGGAACUAGUUAGGGUGUGUAGGCUAUCCCCUCUUCCAAAAUGAACGUACCCCAGGGCCAUCACCAUGCGGACCAGUGCCAGGACCUACGCCAGGCCCAGCCUCUGGAUCUGUUGUCUUCGGAGGGAUCGUUAACAUCUCAGGAGCUGAAGACAGAGCCAGAGACCAGGCCAGAUCAGGCUGAGGGCUGUCCAGUCUGUGGAGACAUAGUGUCUGGCUACCACUAUGGACUGCUCACCUGCGAGAGCUGCAAGGGUUUCUUCAAGCGUUCGGUGCAGAACAACAAGCGUUACACCUGUGUAGAAAGACAGAGCUGUCCCAUGAACCCCUCCCAGAGGAAACGCUGCCCCUACUGCCGCUUUCAGAAGUGCCUGGCCGUGGGCAUGAAGAGAGAGGCGGUAAGGGCAGACCGAAUGAGAGGUGGCCGGAACAAGUUUGGCCCUCUGUAUCGACGAGACAGGCAGAUGAAACAGCAGAGAUGGGUCUACCACCACCAGCAGCACAACACCACCCCCUACAGUAUCAAACUGGAAAGUGCACAAACACACCAGCCUUCCGUUUCAAACAUUCACCUGAUGUCCAGUCACACAUCGGCACCCCUGCCCUCUGGCAAUUUCCACCAAUCGCAGGCCUACCCCUCCAAUAUGGGCCAUUCGGAGCUCCCCCCCAUGCUUCUGGACUGCACCAUGAACCGGGACAGGGGGGCUCUAGCUCCUCCUCUGUCCCUGGCUUACCCUGGACUGUACCACCGUUCCUUCCAUGUAGGGGGAUCAGGAUACCCCCAGGAGAAAAGUGAGAUGAUGCCUUACAGCUACGGCCCAGCACCUCCAACCCCGCCCAUACCUAACGGGUUACUCACCCCACUCACCACGCCCACAACCACCCCGAGCUCCACUCCAAGCUCCACCGCGAUCCAAACCUCCAUAUUGACUGCUCCCACACCUAGCUUCCUGGCCCAGCUUCUGGAGGGUGAGCCAGAUGAGAGCCAGGUGUGUGCCAAGGUGCUGGCCAGCCUACAGAGAGAGCAGGCAAGCCGCGGGAAACACGACCACCUCAACACCUUCAGUAUCAUGUGUAAAAUGGCUGACCAGACUCUGUUCGGGCUUGUGGAAUGGGCCAGGAACAGUAUUCUCUUCAAGGAGCUCAAGGUGGAGGACCAGAUGGUGCUGCUGCAGAGCUGUUGGAGUGAGCUGCUGGUGCUGGAUCACCUGUGUCGACAGGUGGCCUACAGCAGAGAAAGCUGCAUCUAUCUGGUCACAGGACAACAGAUUGAGGUGUCGAACAUCCUGACCCAGGCAGGGGUCACUUUGACCAGUCUGGUGUCAAGGACUCAGGACCUGGUGGUCAAACUCAAGGCCCUCCACCUGGACACACAGGAGUUUGUGUGCCUCAAAUACCUGGUCCUCUUCAACCCUGACGUGAAGUCGGUGCAGGACCGCCGGCAGGUGGAGCGGACCCAGGAAAGGGUGAACCGCACCCUGAUGGACCACACCCUCUACACCCACCCGGGUCACUCCGACAAGUUUGGCCAACUGCUGCUACGGCUUCCUGAGAUUCGCAGCAUCAGCCUGCAGAUGGAGGAGUAUCUGUACCAGCGCCACCUACUGGGCGAUCUGCCCUGCAACUCAUUGCUCACAGAGAUGCUGCACGCUAAACACAGCUGAAUACCACCUUGCCUUGCUAACAGAGAUGCUGAACACAGUUGAACAACACCCUGGGCUUGUCCCAAAUGGCAGCCUAUUCCCUACAUGGUGUACUACCUUUAACCAGGGCCCAUAGAGCUCUGAUCAAAAGUAGUGCACUAUAUAGUGAACAGGGUGCCAUUUGGGACGCACACCCUGCUCCACUCACAGAGAUGCUGAUUGCUAUGCACAGCUGAACAACUACCUGCUGGACUAGGCUGGUGGGCUCCCUCUCUUCACCUGGGUUGUGUUCAUUUGGCACAGGGAGAGGCUACUUUUUGUAUUCCAUUGUAAAACAUUUUUGCCAAGGUGUAGCAUGAUGAACACGACAUUGUCCCUAAACACAGAUCUAAGAUUUUCAAAAGUUAUCUAUCUGGGUUUCUCCUAUCGAAUAGGAUUAAAUGCAUAGAAAUAGAAUGAAUAAAACUGACAAAUCAUUGACUUGAAUGGGGACUCCCGUUCUAUAUAUUCUUUCUAUGCAUUUAAUCCUAUCCGAUAGCUGAAAUCCAUUUUUGAAAAGUUGUGCCCAGAUGACCCGACCCCCAUUCCUAACCAUAACCAUUAAGGGGAUAAGACAUUAACAUCUGAUCCAGGAUCUGUGGUUAGUAACAACAUCCAUCUACUUUGUGUGCUUCCUCCCAAGUAAUCAUUACCGGUUAUUCAGAUCAGUAUUACAUUAUUCAAACUCAUCUCUAAAUUAUCAUUUGUUUGAAACCCUGAGUUAACUAGUCAGUAUUCAGUCAGAUGGGAGUAGGAACCAAAACACUGCCAUUUGCUCUCUCCUCUUCUCCUGUACACCCAUUAUGCAGACGACAUAUACAUCACAUUGUCUUGUCAAAUGAUGUUUAUCAGUUUUGUUUUCUGUCAGAUAAAACCUGGAGUAAAUUAUGUCAUCCCUUUACCACUGCUGCUACUAGUCGGUAGUAGUUCAGUUACGUUCCCUUUCUUGGACAGGGGGAUGAUAGCGGACAUCUUGAAGCAGGUGGGGAUAGAGGCCUGAGCUAGAGAGAGAUUGAACAUGUCAGAACACAACAGCCAGCUGGUCUGCACAUGCUCUGAGGGCACGGCUAGGGAUGCCGUCUGAGCCGGAAUCCUUGUGAGGGUUAAAACGUUUAAAUGACUUCCAUACGUCCUCCGUGGAGACUGUGUGUGUAGCCACGUUGUCUCCUCGGCAGCUAAGGGUCACUGUGCUGACUCUUGAGAAAAUGCUGUUUAACUCAGCCGGUAGGGCGGCGUAGGUGUCCAUGACAUUGCUGGCUUUCUUUUUGUAGUCUGUGAUCGUUAGGAGCUUCUACCACAUAUGCCUUGUGUCCGACCCCUGAAUUCCUCCUCCUCUUUGUCUCUAUACUUGUGUUCCACCAUCUUGAUCAAUCUGUGUAGGUCGUAUUUGUACUGUUUUAACCAAACUAUUAUCCCCGGUGUCACCCUGCCGUGUUUAUAAGCAGCAUCUUUCUCCUUCAGUUUUCAGACAAGGCUGCUAUCAAUCCACUGUUUUUGAUUCAGGAAUAUUUUGAAAGACACCAUCGGUAUGGCAUCAUCUAUGCAUUUUUUUAUGAAUUCGGUGACUGAGUCAACUGGAACAUAUAUUCCAGUCCACAUGAUCAAAAGUCUUGGAGCAUGGAUUCUGAUUGGUCAGACAAGCGUUGUACAGACCUGACCACCAGAACAUCCCUCUUGAGACUGUUUGUAGGCGGGGGAGCAAAAUGGAGUCAUGGUCAGAUUUGCCGAAAGGGAGAUGGCCUUCUAUCCGUGUCACAGUGUCCCCUGUAGCUCAGUUGGUAGAGCAUGGCGCUUGCAACGCCAGGGUUGUGUGUUCGUUUCC